UCUGGUUUUAUUGUUCUUUGAAAAAUACUUUUCUGUAUUACUGCUCAAAGUGAUUUCCCCUUAUAUCACAUAAUUUUUUAAACUUAAAUAAUACUUAUUCCACCAUUAUAGUAUCAAAUUUAAGAGGGGAUUAUAAGAAUAAAACCGUUAUAAAAACACAUUGAUCGUAAAAUUAGCAGAGUAUUGAAUUCCGGUAUCUAUUAGAAGCUUACACCAAAACUCGAUAUGUCUAACUAUCAAAGAAUUUUGUUCUCUUAUGUACUUUUGGUGAAUUUACAAUAUUUUAUUUCAGCUCAAAAUACUAUUUCUGAUCAAUUCCAACUUACUCUUGGACAUAUUAAACCAUCCGCUUCUAAUGAACAACAAACUAAAGCAGCAGAAGAAUUAAUUCAACGAAUUAUAGGAACAAAAGCCAAUUUAUUUAAAGUGUUGGUUGAUCCAACAAUUGGUCCUGAAGGGAAAGAUACUUUUAAACUAAUUAAAUGCCGGGAAAAUAAAAUUUGGAUAAUAGGAACAUCUGGAGUAUCUGUAGCUUGGGGUUUCCAUUAUUAUCUAAAAAAUUAUUGCAACUCACAAAUAGCAUGGGAAGGCGUACAAAUUCAAUUCCCAUCAGUUCUUCCUGAAGUAAAUGAAACUAUUACAUCUAAUGAUAGAUUUCGAUACUACCAAAAUGUCGUCACAGCUGGAUAUAGCACACCUUGGUGGAAUUGGGAUAAAUGGGAGAGAAACAUUGAUUGGAUGGCGUUGAAUGGUAUUAAUCUUGUUUUAGCAUUUGGUGCUCAAGAAGCUAUUUGGGAGAGGAUCUACUUAAAACUGAAUUUAACUAGAGAAGAAAUUGAUCAACAUUUUGCCGGGCCAGCUUAUCUGCCUUGGGGACGAAUGGGUAACAUAAGAGGUUGGGGUGGUCCACUAACAUCAUCAUGGCAUAAUUUUACAAUCAAUCUUCAGCAUAAAAUUUUAAAUAGAAUGAGACAACUUGGAAUUACUCCUGUUUUACCGGCUUUUUCUGGUCAUGUACCUCAAGCAUUCCUUACAAAAUUUCCCAAUGCCUCCAUGUACAAAACUAACACUUGGUAUGAAUUCCCAGACGAAUAUUGCUGUCCUGUUUUAUUGUCACCUCGGGACCCACUUUUUAAAGUUAUUGGAAAAUUGUUCCUUGAUACGUACACUGAAGAAUUUGGAACAGAUCAUGUUUAUAAUUGUGAUACAUUCAACGAAAAGAAUCCAGAAACUGAUCUAGAUGUUUUAAGAGAUAUUGGACGAGCUAUUUAUUCAGCUAUGACUGAUGUAGAUCCUCAAGCUAUAUGGAUUUUACAAGGAUGGACCUUCAAUAGUGGAAGACGUUUUUGGACUAAAGAAAGAAUAAAGGCGUUUAUUACGUCAGUUCCACUUGGAAAAAUGGUUAUUCUUGAUCUGGAAUCAGAACAAUUACCAUUGUAUAAUAAACUUGAUUCUUAUUAUGGGCAACCUUUUAUUUGGUGUAUGCUUCAUAAUUUCGGAGCCAAAUUGGGCAUGUAUGGAAGCGCGUAUAGAAUCAAUGAGCGUGUAAUUGCAGCCAGAAAAAUGAAUGGAAGUACUAUGAUAGGUACUGGAUUGACACCUGAAGGAAUCAAUCAAGAUUACGUAAUGUAUGAUCUAAUGAGUGAGAUGGCUUAUAGACAUGAACCGGUUGAUCUUGAUUCAUGGUUUGAACAAUAUUCAGUAAGAAGGUAUGGAGUUAGAAAUAAGGAUGCUGCAGAAGCAUGGAAACUUUUGGAACAUUCGGUUUAUCAUCAUACUAAUGAAACUUGGAGAAGUCGAAGACAUUAUAUUUUAACAAAUAGACCCAGUUUAGAACCAUCAUCUUAUAUUUUACAAGAUUGGUUUGAGCCAUCAGUAGUAAUACAUGCUUGGAGAAAUUUACUAAAUGCCCGAUUGACUAUAAAUCCUAAUUCAUUAUAUAAAUAUGAUGUAAUAGACUUCACUCGACAAUCAUUACAAGUAAUUGUUGAACAUCUGUAUAAAGACAUAUUAGAGGCCUAUAAACAAAAAAAUCGUACAGAGUUCAGGAUUCAAUCAGGACUAUUUCAAGAAAUUUUCGAUGAUUUAGACAAAAUUCUGAGUACCUCUGAAGUUUUCUUGUUGGGCACGUGGAUCAGAGAUGCUCGACUAUUAGGAACAAAUGACAAAGAAAGAGAUUUAUAUGAGUUUAAUGCUCGUAGACAGAUUACAUUAUGGGGACCUGCUUCACAAGGAAAAAUAAUAGAUUAUGCAACUAAACAAUGGGCUGGGGUUGUAACAGAUUAUUUCGGAGCAAGAUGGAAAAUAUUUCUGUCACUUGUGGAGUCGUCUAUACCUUGGAAAAAUACAACUUUUGAUCAAACAAAAAUAAAUGAUAUAAUCUAUGAAUUUGUUGAAAAGCCUUUUUCAGAGGGUCAUAAUAAAUAUCCAACUGAUGCGACAGGUGAUCCAAUACAAGUCGCAGUAGAUUUGUAUAACAAGUGGAGCCUACGAAAUCCUAUGAAAAGGUUUUUAGAAAAUUUAAAUAAACCAAAACUUAUUCAAUAAUAUUAUCCAGAAAAGAAUGUUGGUUAUUGAUUUUUUAUUGACUUUACUGUAAUUAAUGGAAUGAAUAAAUCGGUAUGCUUCAUAA